CCUCCGCCUCCCCACACCUUCGCGACACCACCACACCACGCACGCGACGCGCGGCUUCCACCGGUUUCCACGAGCUCCGACCACCUCGAGCAUGGCGCGGGUGCUCUCCUCCCGGACGGCGGCGGCCCUGGCGCGGCGGCUCGGGGGCCAGCCGGGCGGGCGCGUGCUGGGCCGCCGGGCCAACCACACGCGGCGGGCGGGCCGGGCGAUGGUGCUGGAGGUGGACGCGGCGGGGGCGUCGACGUCGGCGGAGGGCGCGAGCGCGCUCAAGCAGCGGCUGGAGGAGGCCAUCGACGGGGCCAUGGCCCGGAUGUCGGAGCCCGAGUGGGCGCCCUUCCGCCCCGGGACCUCCUACUUCGCGCCGCCCCGCCCCGCCGGCGCCGCCAUGGGCCUCCUCGAGCUCGUCACCCGCGGCGGGAUCGGGGUGCUCCCGCCCCAGCUCUCCGACGACGAGGCCCGCGCCGUCGCCUCCUCCUCCCGCGGGUACCCCUGCUCCGCCUACUACGUCGACGGCCACUUCCCGGACGAAGCGGAGGAAUCAGUGGAUGAUCCGGAUGUCGAAGUGGAGGUAACGAUUGAGGAAGCAGAGCCAGCUGAGCAGGGCUGAACUGGAGGGAUUAGUUCUGCUAUUGCACUGGGUGAAGUGGGAAAUCAAGAAACACUUGUCCUUUUAAUGUUUGCUAUUGUUUUCUGCUACGGUUGUACAUAUGUAGAACCCUUGAGGAGUUCAUUACCUAGUAUGGGGAAUAAGAACUUGCUGAAUUCAUGUCA